UGCCUUGUUGCAAAAAGGUUGGGGAAUAAAUUCUCUGAUAACCAUUGGCAACUUAGGGACUUCACAGCAAAGUUGGUUGCUUUAAUAUGCAGGCGCUAUGGUCAUGUGUAUCACAGUCUCCAGCCACGUAUUACGAAGACUUUGCUGCAUGCUUAUCUUGACCCAACUAAGGCACUGCCCCAGCAUUAUGGAGCAAUUCAAGGGCUAGCAGCUCUUGGAUCUGGUGUGGUUCGCCUACUUGUGCUGCCGAAUCUUGAGGCUUAUUUGCGAUUGCUGGAGCCUGAAAUGCAGCUUGAGAAACAAAAAAAUGAAAUGAAGAGACAUGAAGCUUGGCGUGUAUAUGGAGCCUUGAUGUCCACUGCAGGUCUUUGCAUGUAUGAGCAUUUCAAGAUGCUUCCUGCAUCUGUAUCUCCAUCGAAUCGGAUAUUCCUGAAGAAUAAAUGUAAAGUUGCAACAACAUUGUCAAAUAAACGCAAAGCAAGCAUGGACAACAUGAUCUCGCAGCCCCCACCCAAGAAAUUAAUGACAGAUGGUCCCGCAUGUGCAAUGUUAUCAAGUUCUUUGCCAGUAGGCAUACAAGGAGCUAUUGGUGGAAAUGCCACAACCCUGGGUGUUACAGAUGCGAGUUUAUCAUCAGGGCCACAGGGCUUGCAAAAUGAGAAUGCGAACAAUUUGAUGAGAGCCAGCAGAAGGGAGAUUGCUGGUGGGAAAAUCCAAAAAGCACCAGCUGCUCUUGGUCAGGCCUCAAAGAAGGAUAUGGAUGCAGCAAAUUUGUUGCCACCUUUAUUUGAAUAUUUUGGUGACAGUAUGUUAUUCUUUGCACCUUCACCUGAGUUGUCAUUCUUUUUGUGAUCAUCUUGUAGUGGCUGUAAUAGGAAGGCGGGUUGCAUAAAUGCAUGGCAACUGUGAUUGUUCAUGUUUAUGAGUAAUAUACUUAUAGUGUUCUAAUAUAUAAUGCAUCUUCCCUUUUGACCCCA